AUGGAAGUUGUGCCAUCUUUACAACCACGAACGAGCUUGUCCAGUGCACAAAAAGUGCCACGAGAGACGGCCCAGGCCGAACCCCGCCACCGCGGCUCUUUCGAUCAUAGGCGGAAAAGCUCAAACAGUGAACCUUUCAGAAGUGGCCGUUUUUCGUGGGUGAAGCGGCUGAUGAAUAAUAACAAGCCGGUUGCACCUCAGCUUUCUCACGGCUCCAGCAGCUCCAGCAGGGACACAAGGAAGACAGAACCUGUCAGACAGGAGGCAAAUUCGGUGACAGGAAUACGAACACCAGACGAAAGAAGCAGUUUCUGUAGCACCGAGGCCUCGACAGGUGAUAAUGCCAGCACGAGACCCAUCCUGUCGAAUUCCUCAGACGAAAGCGACAACGAAGAUGACGAAAUCGAUUCGAGCUACAAAUAUUACGAUUCUUCAAUCAAGUCCACGGCAAUGACCUCUAUCGCGCCAACAGCAUUGACUUCUGCCAGCAGCUCUGUGCCGAGCAACAUGAUCAUCGUGCCCGGCGGUUCAAGCAGCACACACGGUCACGGCACAAGCAUUUUAAGCUAUACUGGGAGCACCACUCCGACAGCCGUUUCAUUUUCUCACCAAACGGCUCACGGCGCAGACUCAUCCUCUGUGAUUACGAUUGCAAGCUCAACUCGAAACAAGAGACGUCGCAGCAUCGACACCAAUGCUUCUACAUCUGCAAUUCCUCCAGCAAGUAUUUUUGAGCGUAUCAUCACCGCAAACACCAGUACGUCGAAGCUUGCAGCCUCCGAGGCUCCUUCGCGUGCUGCUGUCAGUGAACAGGAUUCUGUGGCAUCAGGAGAUUACUGUUCUGCGGCUUCUCACUGA